AUGCUUUCAAGCACCAGACACUGGAAACUUCUGCCCUGCUGCUGCUCGGGAUAGAAAGUCACUUCCCACUAAAAUCCACAGGAAAGAACGGAAGAGAGAGAAAAACAAGCUCAGAGCAUCCAACCCGGCUCAGGGCCCUCCCUCUCCUCACGGACAGCCCCCUACACUGGGAUGGGCCAUUGCAGACAGACAAGCCAAACUGUCACACACAUUCCUAGACCCACAUUCAUAAACACAGCCAGUCGCCAUUAGUGCCAGCACCUCCCACCUGCAAGUAGAGCAGCUGUUCCCGAGGGUGCAGGGUCUCCCCAGCUGUCUGCUUUCGCCAGGGCUGCUGUCCCCAUCAUGUCCGAGAAUAAACUCUGAAGCUAGUGGCUGUGUGGACUUGAAUCAUCGGAGAGCCCGUCGGAGGUAGGGGAGUGACUUACGGGGACGAGCCAGCAGGCUAUAUAAGCUCCAGAGGGUCAGGCUCCACGCAGAGCUCUUGCCUUGCUGCUGUCUGUCAGAGGCACCUUCAGGGAGUCAUUUCUUGCCCAGCACCCAUCAUGUCCCAGGCUGGCGCUCCAGAAGCCCCCAUCAAGAAGAAGCGUCCCCCUGUGAAGGAGGAAGACCUGAAGGGGGCCCGAGGGAACCUGGCCAAGAACCAGGCAAUCAAGUCCAAGACCUACCAGGUUAUGCGGGAGUGUGAGCAAGCUGGCUCGGUCGCCCCAUCUGUGUUCAGCCGUGACCGCACAGGCACUGAGACUGUCUUUGAGAAGCCCAAAGCUGGACCUGCCAAGAGUGUCUUUGGCUGAGAAGUGCUCAUCGCACCCCCUCCAUCCCAAGCACCUGGACACAGGAGCCUUUCCCACGAACUUUUUUUUAUGCCAGAAUAUGUCUUUCUUCCCAGAUGUCUUUGGGACCGCCGCCCUUGUCCCACAGCCCUGACCCUUUGCACCAGAACCUUGGAAACACCAAUAAAGAGUAUGCCCAAGUGGCCUCAGCAUUA